AUGAGUAAGGCGGUGGUGUCAAGGCCGCGUGUAUACGUGCGGAUUCGUCCACUUAACGAGCGCGAGGUGCGCGAGGGCAAAGGUGAGCUCGCCUGCCGCGGCGACGCGCGCCAGCCGGAUGUCUUGUUUCUGAAGAAAGAUGAGACGCUGGAGCAGCAGGUGCGCUUCGAUCAGGUGUUUGACCAUUGCUCGAACCAGCAGCUGGUCUUCGACCAAAUCGGCCUCGAGAUAUUGCGCACUCUUUUCAGCGGCUACAACGCCUCCGUCUUUGCUUACGGGCAGACCGGCAGCGGCAAGACCUACACAAUGGAGGGCGACAAGGGCGGCGGCUUGAGCGGCGGGGCCUCCUCGGAGGAGCAGGAGGGACUUAUGCCUCGCAUUAUCCGCGGGAUUUUCUCAUCAUUUGGUUCUAACGCCAACAUAACCGACGCGCUUGUGGAGGUAAGCCUCGUGCAAAUUUAUCAAGAGCGCAUUCAGGAUCUGCUGAACCACCGUAAACAGGUGGAGAUUCAUAUGGACCGCACCAGCCAGUACAUUGCCCGUGAUGCGACCUGGCGGACCGUCCGCAAUCUCGAGGAGUGCAUGAAGCUGUACGGUGAGGCUUCCAGGAUGCGCGCAACGUCGGCGACGGAGAUGAACUUGGUGUCUUCGCGUAGCCACAUGAUUCUCAUGCUGCGCAUGCAGUGGGACGAGCCAACCCUGCCGGGGUCGCACGCGCAACUAAACAUGAUCGAUUUGGCCGGCUCUGAGCGGCUGAACGAGUCCGGCGCCACUGGUGAAACGAUGAAGGAGACGAUCACUAUCAACAAGUCCCUCAGCGCACUCGGCAAUGUUGUGGGGAAGCUGGUGGAGCAGGCGAAGAGGCCGAAUAAGCGCAUGCACAUUCCAUAUAAGGACAGCAAGCUUACCUACCUCUUGCAAUCCAGCUUGGGUGGCGCGAACUUGGUCCACUUCGUGCUCGCGGUCUCGGGCAGCGCCAUGUGGCGCAGUGAGACAGCGUCGACGAUCGAAUUUGGCAAGCGCGCCCUGCAGCUCGUUCUGCGGCCAGUACGUAACGCCAUUGACUACACGCGUCUCGCUGAGAUGGAGGCGGUGAUUGAGCGGAUGCGUUCCCACAUUGAGUCACUCGAGGAGGAGCUACAGCUCAAGCGCAACUCUGAGGCCGCUGGCUUUCUGCAGCUGCGGCAAAUUGCGCAGAGCGACGAUGAAGCCAUGCAGCGGCAGCGGCGGUGGAAGGACAAGAGCGCGAAUCACAAGCACCUCAAGCGGCAGACGGAGCUCACCCGCAUCAUGGCGAACCUGCCGGAGACGUUCGACGACUUGACGUCCCAUUGCAUUCUCUUCCCCGAGUCGAAGGUGACGUUCCGCGAGCUGGGCGGGCUAGAGAAGCUCAUCCACUUCGUGGAGAGGUCUGCCUCAAACUACUACCGUGCCAGCGCCGCGCAGACGGUCGCCAGCGUAAUCGAUGAGCCAGGACGAGAGGUCUUCGCGAGCCUUGGCGGCCUCGACGCUUUGGCGAUGCUUCUGUGCGUGCAGGAGGAGCGGUGUAAGGAGGCGGCCUGCGUGGCUCUCGAGGCUGUGUGCCGUGGCUGCAUGACAAAUAAGACGAGCUUGUCAGCCGACGUGUACGCGGAGCUGGUCGACCUGGUCUACGGGUACUCGAAUCAACAGGUGCAGGAGGCGGCGUGUGCGGCCAUCGCCUCGAUCGUCGACGGCUACCCCGAGGCGACGCGGCGCUUUGAAAAGCUUGACGUGGUGCCAAAGCUCCUGGAGACGAUUCGCACCUGCCCGGCCGAAGUGGUCAACCUCACCAAGGCGGCGACGAACUGCAUUGGCCGCCUGGCGCAUGGCGAUAGGGAAAUGCAGCAAACCAUCGCUUCCCUUGGUGGUGUCGACUUGCUCAUUGAUGUACUGUUCAGUUCUUCCGGCGACCGCGACCACCAGGUACCAAUCCUAGCCUCGUACGCGCUGGUCAACCUGUGCUGCAGCAGUGACGAGAACCUCAAGGUGGCGAUGGGGCACGAGCGCUAUGGCGAGGUGAAGUUCCGCCUGCUCGAGGGCCUUGCGCGCGCCUUUGGUACGAACGCGUCCCGCGAGGGCUUUGGCCGCGCCACCGCGCAGGAGACGGCGGGGCCGUUCCCCUACUACGGUGUCACGAUCCAAGAUGAGUGGACGUACGCCUCGUCCGGUGGCCGGCCCAUCUUCUCCACUUUCAUGGACAACCCGCAGUUUUACCUCUACGUACGUGUGGAGACGGACAUCGCCUUCAUCAUUCAGGACACCCUCUACGAGGCCCGCUUGCGCAAGAAGCGGCGUAACAACUCCGUCUACAUGGGCAUGGCUAUCUUCGAGGGAGACCCGGCCCUAGCAAAGCUGGGGCUCAAGCAGCUCGACUUUCACGGCCAAAUGAUCGAGAUCGGCCACUACACCUCCAACUGCGAGAACGUGCUGCACUGCACGCUGCCGGCCUCCGACACGCCGUACAUGGUCGUCCCCUUCACGAGUCAGAAGGGUCGGCACACACACUUCGCCCUGUCCGCCUUUGGCAACCACCCAAUCGAGCUGACGUCGGUGCCGGAUCAGGUAGGGUGGGUUCACACGGUACUGCUGGGUAAGUGGACAGAGUUCACCGGCCACGGCGGCGAGUCCUUCGACUGGCGCUGCAACCCGCAGAUUAAGCUGAAGGCGAAGGAGGCGUGUCGCGUCGUCUUCGUCCUUUCGUACCUCUCCCUGGAUGAGCAGCGGGCUCAGCUGCGGCAGGAGGAGGAGGAGGAGGAGUGGCAAAAUACGCGUCCGCGCCUGCACGGCCGCCUCUUCUCCAACGCCUUCGCGGCAGACAAGCGCUACCUCAAGGCGAUCGUGCCCCUCCCUCAAGGCUCGACCUUCGUAGCCAGCAACACGUUCGCCAGCAACAGCUACAUCACCACCUCGGCCACCCUCGACAAGAAUGGGGACUACGUCUAUAUCCCCUUCACCGAGGCCCCUUAUCAGGACACUUACCGCGUCUCCGUUUACUGCGACUCAGACGAGGUGGAGAUCAAGCCGAUGCAGGGGCAGGCGAGCGAGUGGAUGUGUGCGAGCCUUUCUGGCACAUGGCAGGGCAAACCUAUCUCCGUUGACCUCGACACGACCGGGAAGAUGGUGGCAGUCAUGUACAGUCCUGGCGCCUUUGUGCGGCCGCGUUUGCUGAGCACUGCUACACAGAAGCGCAUCGCCGGCAUCGACUCCUACUGGAACACUGAGGCGGCGGUGGAGUACGACAGUACAGGGAAGCUCACGGUGCAGGUCGAGGCAAUGAUGCGUAGUGGCGCACUAAACGCAGCAGGAACGCGUGGCACCAUUGAGCCUGGCUUGAGCCCCACGACGCAAGUGCUGGCGAAGGAUAUCAGGUUUGACCUCUUUAUCUUCACCAACACAAAGUGCACUCUAACGCAGGUCAGCUUCGACGCGUCGCCCAGCUCAUGGCCGUGCCCGACGCAAUCUACCUCUCUGGGCUUGCUGGCCUAUCCGCAGCUUGUGGAAGACGUCGAUGCCAUUGAUGGCGUCGACGGCGAUGACGAAGACAAUAGUGACGACCUCGCCAGCGAAAAUUCAUACGGCGACCGGAACGGCAUCUCGGCAGCCGCGCACGAGGCUCGUGAGACAGAGUUGCUAAAAUCCUUAGAGAAGCAAGAGGCCGAGAACCGCCUCCUUCAGCGGCAGCUGGCACAGCAGGCAUGUGAGCUAGAGGCGCUGCGGAACAGCGGCGUCAGUGUGGUCACCCCAACAAACUUCGACAGGAGGCGUGGGAGCAGUGCGAAGUCGUCGGGGCCCAAAGCACCAAAAGGGGUCUCGUCCGCCAUGGUAGACAACUACGCGACCCUCCCGGAGGGGAAUCAGCGGUCAGGAAAGGAGGCCAGUGGCGGCGGCAGUGCGCGUGUAGCGCUGCAGGCUGUGGGUCGUAACACCGCUCGCGGCAGCAUUGCAAGCCCGGUCGACGCGAAGAGAGCAUUCACGAAGACACUCUCUACCGGGCCGGCGCAGCAAGGCUCCGACGUGACGCGUCGACGGCCAAUGGCUCCCGCUGGGGCGGCAUCGCCGAUGAACAGGUCGGGCACGGCUGACAACAUGGCCCCCGCAGCACCACUACCGCAGGUGAAAGAGUCAGUGGAGUACACGCUGAUGAAGCUGCGCGAAAUGAGCAAGCGUGCCACUACCCAUGCUCGCUUAGCUGGCAACAAGGAGGAUACUGAGUGGAGAGCGAUUCUGGAAGACAUUGGGGAGGUGCAGCAGCGACUGCUCAAGGCCUUUCAUAUGCUCUGA